AUGAUAGGCCGCUUCCUCCUGCGGCGCAGCCCGACUCAACAGAUGGGUAACAUCUUGAAAGACGUGCUCUGGCUCUGCUCUUAAUACUCUGAUGUUACCGUUAAAAGUAGGGCCUGGCGUUUCGUUCGCUGUGAGCGGCCGGUGAUGAGAGAUUAUUUCCAGCGAUGUAGCCGAAACUGCACACCUCCGUUAUUUGGAAACCUUCAGAAAUUUCAGCGGAAAGUUUUCCUCUUCGGAUGGAAGAAGUUUUGAGACAAAGCGGCUGCCACGGGGCUGUUUUCACCCGUGUUUUGUCUGUUUUUCCGUCAGUUACUGAUAAAAUGGAGGAAACCCUGCACUGAGUGACACAAUGUCUUGGGAGGAGUUCAUCGAACUCCGUGACCUCAGAUCGAGCAAAGAGCAGAUAGAGCUGACAGGUACACGUGCUCCGUGCUCACCUCCGCGCCUGGAGAGAACUAACGCCCUGAGGAUCAGCCCGGGAAAGGUCCCCGACCUGCUGAGCCGUGUGGGCAUCAUCAGAGUACUGAGCAGCAGCCAGGACCCCCCGCUCACAGAGGAGAAGGGAGAGGGGCACAACUUCCAACCCUGUAGCCACACUCAGCCCACGUGGUGUGACCUGUGUGGAGACUUCAUCUGGGGACUUUACAAGCAGAGCCUGCGGUGUGUCAAUUGUAAAUUCACAUGUCACUACCGAUGCCGUGCCCUGAUUCAGCUGGACUGCAUCUGGGAACGAGGCUCCGCGGCUGACCCCACAUAUGUCGUGGAGCACACCAUAGAAACGGAUACAAAUGUGGAUGAGCAGAUUGAAUGGAGUAAGCAGGAGCUCACAACAGCAGACACUCAGCAGAAAGUGAAAGAAUACAAUGCUCAGAUCAACAGCAAUCUCUUCAUGAACAUGAACAAGGAUGGGUCCUACACUGGCUUCAUCAAGGUGCAGUUUAAGCUGGCCCGCCCCGUGUCUGUUCCAACCCCAAAGAAAGGGGGUAAUGAUGCAGGGGGGAGGAGGGCCAGCGGAGUGAAGCGGCGCACCUCUUUCUACCUGCCGAAGGACGCAUCCAAGCAUUUGCACAUAAGUUCUCGUACUUCGGCUCGCGAGGUCAUCGAGGCUUUAUUGAAGAAGUUCACUGUUGUGGACAAUCCUGGCAAGUUUGCUCUGUUUGAGCGCAGUGAGCGGCAUGACCAAGUUUAUAUUCGUAAGCUGUCUGAUACUGAGCAUCCCCUCCGUCUGCGUCUGUGCGCUGGGCCGAAUGAGAAAGUCCUCAGCUUUGUGCUCAAAGAGAACGAAACUGGUGAAGUCAAUUGGCAUGCCUUCUCCAUGCCCGAGUUAAAGAACUUCCUGCGGAUUCUGCAGCGUGAAGAGGAGGAACACAUCAAGCAGAUAGUGCAGCGGUAUGCUCUGGCUCGCACUAGAAUGCAGGAGGCUCUGACUGGCUCGACUCCCGGCUGAGAUGCCCAUGCUCCGGGGGUUUUAGCAUGCACCCUUUGGCUGGACAAUCACCAGAAGAUGACCGGUCAUCGCUGCAUCCAAAGAUCCCAGAGAAUCCAACUCCAAACGCCUCUUGGUGAACGAGAGUGUGAGACAGGGCGCAAGACUAUGAGAGAGAGAGAGAGCGAGAGAGAGCGCUAGCGCGAAUGUGCGUGUGAGAUGAUGCGAGAGAUGAGACGUGCCUUACACCUGGAGAGUCUGAUGUGCCUGAGAGAAUGAGUUGAGAGAAUUGGAGACUGGCAGAUGAGACAGUUAAUGUCUUUAGCUACCGGGUAUCAUGUGGCUGUCCUGUACCUCAGCUGUGUCACUUUAACUUGUCAUUAAAAAUUCCUGUUAUUUUUCCAGAAAACAAAAUUGGUGAUAUCUAAAAUAAUGCAUUAAUCCCGUUUACCUGCACUCAACAACCUACGUAGCCCUUCUCACCCUUGAGUUAAACAGACAUCUGUUGCUGAAAGGUAGGAUUUUCAUGUGACCCGAGCUCUGAGUCUGCCAUGACCUCUUUUACACCCCUGAUGGGUGCAACUCUGAAUUUCACUGACAAUUUGUGAGUGUGACUGAUGUAUGGACAUUUGUAUGCGACUAUGAAUGUCUGUGAGAACAGUGCCCAAGUCACUCUAUGUUGACUGGAAUCUUGAAUGAAUAUUGCUAUGCAUCUGAUUAACUGGACAUUGCCUGUCAUUCCUUUAUAUCUUUGUUUUUUCUGUCCUUUAAACAAAAUGUUUGUCUUUUGUCACUCAGCUCACUUUCACUGUAUGUAAGUCUAUGCACAAAUUUAUAUGUUGUAGCAAUCUGAAGAAUGUUGUGACAGAUGUGCACUGCGUUUAGUAAAGAUUUAUCAAAACUA